AUGCACCUUCUCUUGGCCUUCUUGGCUGCUUGCUUGUUCAAACUCUGCUAUGCUGCGCCACAGACUCUGGCGAUGCAGCAACGGGGCAACGGUGCUGCCUGGUCAAGCAAGCCCACCUGGUACAGUCGGUAUCCUUUGGCCAGUGUCUUCUCGGACAAGCAAGCUGGCGAUGUCGAUCAAUACGAUGUGAUCGAAGUCGCCGCCCUGUCAUACAACUGGCUAGUACAGCAAAAUAGCGACUGGAAGACGAGGUCCACCAAGAAAGGGUACUGCUUGGUCGCCGUGAUCUGGGAUCCAGUCACUCAAGUUUUCACCGUCUCAUCGAUUCCGCAAGGCCCGCGCAAGGAGGACAUGAUCAAACGGGCUACUGGACCACCGAGCGCUUUUAAUCCCCUUAUCGGAGCUCCAAACUGGUACCAACAAGCACGCGGUUUUAUCGAUGCUAAUUCCAAAAAGGGCAAGUUCCACGCCGAGGAUGGCGCGUUUUUUAACUGGGAAUCGAGCGUCGCUCCAGCUCGAAUUGCGAACGGCCAAUAUCAAGGAGGCCUCGUGUUGGGUGUAUAUGGAGACUGGCACAAUCCGGACAAUCCUCAGGACUCCGGGAAGGCUGGGAUAUGGAAUCUUUGCUCUAGCGGCGGUAAUGACCCUAGAAUCCCCAGUUGCCAAACUGUGGCCCAGGGGCUGGGGGUCACUAAUUGGGUACGACGGCCCACGCGGCGCCGUGAUACCAGCAUGGAUGACCUCGAAAAUGCAUCGGACUACGACGGCUCAGACAUUACAGCAGACGACAUUUCUGCAGCGAGUGCCAUCGAGAGUGCUUGUGAAACAUCCAAUCCCAAGUUUAGACUUCGGGUGCGCGAUGAUAAGGCCUCUUGUAGCUCGUAUCUGAGUCCGCCAGUACUCAGCGCAAGUCCUCAGCCCGCGGCCCAGAUCUCCUCCGAGCUGAGCAUUGCUCCUAUUACACCUGCUCCUUCGGGGCCAACUCCUACCUCCUCGACCAAAGCAACUUCCGCAGGCCCCAAACCAUCGUGUACACUGCAGCAUCAGGAUCCGGAUUCAGGCAUCAACACACAGUAUUGCGUUUGUCAGUCGUCCGUAACGCUACCCCUACUCUCCAUUUCAUCCGGUGCUGUGGCCACUCAAGCGUGCGAAUACACGGCUCUGCCAUCUUCUGUCAACAAUGAGGACUCUUGCACCACCAUUCCCAAUUGCCUACCUCAGAAGGCCAAAGCCUCUGUCACAGUAGCAACGUCUCCGCUACAUGUUGGAACUCUCACAGGCGAUGCUCUCUAUACUGGCGUCUCGAAUGCGCUCGUGAGCGUCUGUCCACCUGUCACGCAAACUACCAGUGCGACUAAAUGCAGCGGGACUGCAACUAUCAAAGGCAUCACUUAUGUCGAGAGCGACUCCAUUUCCCACGAUGGUGAGCUGGAAAUCUUCGCCGCUUUCAGCUCGUACAACCAGACAUCCCUCCGCGAUGCCAUGAUCCAGUCCCUCGCUCAGAGCGCUGCCAAGUCCGCCACCGGGAACAACUGCUAUAAGGCGAACUACCAAGUCCUCACGAAGAGGAACUGGUACGAUAAGCUCUUCCGGAGAGAUCACCCAGUUCUAGAACAUGAAGAAAUUGAGCUGUGCAACAUGGCAGAGCUGGCUCUGGUGAAUUACUACUCCCAAUUCUGGCGUCUUGCACCGGAACCUGGACCGACCGACUUCGUUGAGGCGCAGUAUAAGUUUCACGAGACAAGUGGCAGUUUUGCAUGCGAGUUUCUCGAGCUUCUAGCCGAUGCGCUGGUUGCAAUUGAGCCCGAGUUUGCGGUGGCAGAUGUUGAGCUGGGAGAGGAGUUGGCAGCUAUCUGCUCUGGUCUCACUGGUGAAGGCUAG